UAUUUUGGAUGGCGGUUUGACAAAAAAUUGCCCAUAUGUCGGUUCUUAGAAGACAAAAGGGAACUUAAGAACAAGUUUGAACAGUAAACAAUCACAAUCUAAAGGGAAAAUAAAUAAGGCGAUUUUUAGUUAAAAUUUUCAUUAUAAAUUAUUUCCGAACACAUUGCGCAUUUUGACAGCUCGAAGUUAUCGAUAACAAUUUCAUGUUUUGAUGAAACGAAAGUAAACAGGUGACUGUCAACAAUUAAUUUCUAAUUAACAAUAUUCCGUGCACUAUUUUGUUAUAAUUUUUGCGCUUAAAUCAAAAAGUAAUUUUUAAUAAUCAAAAUGGGGAAUAAACAAAUAAAACAGCAUUUGGAGACUGCACAAAAGACCGGUAUUUUGAAAAUAUCCUUACAGCGAUUACAGGAAUUUCCGCCGCAGCUUAAAACUUAUCCCAACGUAUUGAAGACAAUGGAUCUGUCAGAAAAUAGAUUCGAAAAGAUUCCAGACGAUUUAGGUCGCUUUACGCUGUUAAAACAUUUAAAUUUAAGCGGAAAUAAAUUAACUGAACUGCCGGAUGUAAUGGGCGAUUUGAUCAAAUUAGAAGUUUUAUUGGUUAUGGAUAAUUUUCUAACUAAGAUUCCAAAGACACUAGCAAAUUGUAGUCAUCUCAAAACCGUAAAUUUAAGUCAUAAUCAAAUUCGAGAUUUUCCUGUCAUGCUGUCUGGACUCAAGCAUCUGGAUGUACUGGAUUUGUCUCGGAAUCAAAUUACGAGCGUGCCCAAUGAAGUGGGCACACUAUACAUUACCGAGUUAAACUUGAACCAAAAUCAAAUAUCAUCCUUAUCGGAAAAUAUAGCGGCGUGUCCGAAACUGAAAACAUUGCGUUUGGAAGAAAAUUGUUUGCAGGCUUCAGCUUUCACGCCACAUAUACUUAAAGAAUCAAAAAUAUGUAAUCUGGCUGUCGAUGGUAACCUCUUUAAUAACAAACAGUUUACGGAGCUCGAUGGAUAUGACAGCUAUAUGGAACGCUACACUGCAGUGAAAAAGAAAAUGUUUUAAUAAUUAAUUGCCACUAUUAUAAUUAAUUUAUUAUAUAUUUAUUAAGUCUAGUGUAUUCACAAUUUAAUAUUUUUGCCUUGCAAUUUGUGUGUCAGUAACUUUUUAAUUGUCUAAUUUAUAAAAAGUAAAUUUGGUAUUAAUUCUGUUAUUUGUUAAGAGUAUAGAAGCCUGCGUUUGUGAUUGGGUCCAAUUUAUAUCAACUAUUUUUGUAAACAUUCAAUAUUUUGGAUAAAACAAAGUCACAAAAAAUGUAUCACAAAUAAUUGCUUAUAGUCAAGAUUUCGGAUCCCAAAUUUGUAAUUUUAUUGUAAAAUAUUAUUUAUAUUUAUUAUUGAAUUUUUA